AUGUCGGCGGAUCCACCCAUCGACCCCGUGCCCGCUGCCACGGGCGCAACUGUCGCCGUUCAAGCGACAGCGGGCUCAUCAACCUCGCUUCCGGCCGACCUACUCGCCGAGGUCGAGCGUGAGCAAGCCGUCGCCGAUCUGCAAGCAACCCUCAAGGCCCGCGACGCCGAGGUCGAGAAGCUCAAGAAGGACAAGGAUGUCGUUGCUGUUGAGCGUGAUGGAGCUGUUUCGACCACCAACCAGCUUCGCACACAGCUCGGCUCGCUUCAAUCUUCGCUUCUGCAGUCUAAUUCUGAGCUCAGUGUCAUUCAGAGCCGGAUUGAGGCCGCCGAACGGGAGAAGCGCGAGCUCGUCGACGAGAUUCAGCGACUGGGGCAGAAGGCCACGCACGCUACGAAGGACGCAUACAGUUCCCGCCAGAGGGCGUCCGAGGCUUCCCAGAAGGUCGCCCAUCUCGAUGUCGAGGUGUCCGAGCUGAAGAUGGCCGCCGACUCGGCCAAGUUUAACCAGGAGCGCAGUGUCCAGGCUUUGCAGAAUGCACGCAACGAGGUCGCCAACCUGACCAAGUCGGCAACCGAUGCCGAAGCGAGGUUUGGUGUCUACCGCGCUGGCGUGCAAGGCCAGCUGUCCGAUCUGCAACAGGAGAACGAGACUGUUCAAAUGCGUCUCACAUCGUUCGAGUCCAAGUACAUCGCCCUCCAGCGAACCUACGAAGAGCAGUCUCGUCGUCUUGCCGAGGCCACUGCCCAGAUUUCAUCCCUCUCAUCAACGGCAGCGUCAUCAAGGGCUGGUCACCGCCUGGAGCUUGACCGUCUCCGCGAGGAGAACCGACUGCUCGCCAAGCGCGGUGCCGAGGCUCGUGUGACCGUGGCCGACCGCGAGGCGGAGCUGGAAAGCAUGUCCGAGACCAUGUCUGAGCAGGAGCGUAUCUGGGACGAGAGGCGACAGCGCGAUGAGCAUGCGCGCAAGGUCGCCGAGAAGCGGGUGGACGACUACAAGGUCGUCAUUGAAAACCUCAACAUCGCCAACGGCAACACGUCCGACGUUAGCCCAGCGGCAGCGCUUGCCAGCCGACAGCGCGAGAGCGGCAAGUCCUAUACCCAGUUCUACACCGACUACGCGAUCAUGGAGACCAAGCUUCGCGAGAAGGCGGAGCAGGUCGAGCACUUGGAAGGUGUCCUUGACGAGAUUAGCAGGGAUAUGGAAGAACGCCGCCCUAUUCUUGAUCAGCAGCGCGCCGAGUGGGAGGAGGCCAUUAGCCGCUCCAACGACCUUGCAGGCGAGCUUGCCACUGCCAUUUCUGCUCGCGAAAAGUUUGAAACCCGCGUCAAGGCUCUUGAGGCGGCAGCCAAGCACCACACCGACGAGGUCGAGUCGCUCGAGUCUCAGCUGCACGACCGCAACUUGCAGUGCCAGAAGCUCGUGCGCGAGAUUGCGAUCCGCGACGACCCUAGCCUGGCCUAUGUUCAAAUUGACGAUUCGACCACCCUCCACGACGGCGACUUCAUCACCGACAGGCUACUCGAGUUCAAGUCUCUGCGCGAGCUCCAGAAGCAGAACGCCGACCUGCUCAAGGUCACGCGUGCCCUGCAGUCUCGUCUCAACAAGCGCGAGGUGGAGCGUGUGGAAACCGACGACGACGGCGCAGCCCUUGACCAGGCGACCGAGGCGUUGAUGACGAUGCGCACCCGCCUGCUGGAGACUGAGGCCAAGAUUACCGAGGUCACUCGCGAGCGCGACUUCUUCUCCAAGCUCCUUGCCCGCGGUGAGGGCCUCCGCUGGUCCAACGGAACUGUCGCCCAGGGCAUCGAGGCCACCAACGACGAGAGUGCCGAAGCCAUUUCGUCCCUCCAGGCCGAGCUUGACAUUGUCCGCGUCAAGGCCGACGCAGACGUCGCCGAUGCCAAGGCACUGGCUCGUGAGAAGAGCGAGGCUGCUGGUGUCGCCGAGGUGGAAAAGGCCAAGGCUGAGGCCCGUGCCACCCUCCUUGAAGAACAACACCGUAUCCUUGCCGAGACCCACGCCCUCCAGAAGAAUGAGUAUGUCUCACUCGAGGCCCAGGUUCGCCAGCUCCAAGGCCAGGUCAGCCAGACCCAGCUCGAGCGUCGCCAGGCCCUCGAGGAGGUGGCCACGCACAAGGCAGCCGAGGCGCGCCUGCGAGACGAAUCCUCCCUCCUGCGCGCCGAGAAGGAGCAGUGGGAGAGCGUCGCAUCGCGCCGGGAGGCCGACUUUGCCCAGGUUCAGCAGGAGCGUGCUCACCUCAAGUAUCUGAUGAGCAACAUGGACAGCGUCACCACGGAGUCUGACCGUGCCCGCUCCGAGGAGCGCACCAAGCUGGAACGCCGUAUCGAGGAUCUCCAGCGCGAAGCUACCACUCUUCGUGCCCAGGUUGACGAGGCGCGCGAGGCAACCCGUGCCGCAGAGCGCCGCGUUGCUGAAGCCGACACCCGCAUUGCCACCGAGACGGCUUCGAUUCGCGCCGAGAAGGAGGCUGCCGAGGCGGUUGUCGCCACCAAGACGACCGAGAUCGCAACCCUGACGGAGCAGGUUGCUAACGCCAAGCGCAUCGGGCUCAACUGGCAGCGCCGCUCGCAGAAGCAGGACACGGACGCCACCGAGGCCGCCACUGCCCACCAGGCCGCUGUCGCUGAGAAGGAGGCCGAGGUCGCGGCCAUCAAAGCGCAGCUGGACGAGAAGACAGGCAAGGUUACGGAGCUCGAGAAGAAGAUCGAGGAGUCGGACCGCGCCAGCCAGCUGAAGGACGGCACCGUGCAGCGUCUCCAGUCCGAGCUCGCCAAGAGCCAAGCCGAUGCCGCUGCCGCUGCCGCAACUGCUACCGUGGCGGCGGCUGCUGCUGUUCCAGUCGCUGCCCCUGCCGCAGACCAGGCGCAACUUGCUGUCAUUACCGCGGAACGCGACUCGCUCCAGACCCGUCUCGCCCAGGCGGAGAAGGACCUCGAGACUGCCAAGGCGGAUGCCAACGUUACUACCGCAGCCACUUCUGCAGCCGACGCCGCUGCUGCUAUUCCCGCCGACAGCGAACUGCAGGCCCAGGUCGACGACCUGACCAAGAAGCUUGCCGAGAAGGAGGAGCAGUACGAGACGGAUGUCCGCAAGGUCAACCGCGUCAACGCCGCUCUCAACAACAAGAGCAAGGCUCUUGCCGCGGAGAAGGCUGCCCUGGACGCCCGCAUCGCCGAACUCGAAAAGGAGGUGGCCGACCUCAAGGCCAAGAUUGAGGCGGCCUCAACCAGUACCGGCGGCGAAGGUGCUGGCCAGGCCGCGAUUGACGAGGCUGUCACUGCAGCCGUGUCCAAGCGUGAGGCCGAGCUCAAGACCGAGUACGAUGCGUCUCUCGCCACCGCCACGGCUGCAGCUCCUCAAACCGACGAGACUGUUGUUACAGCCGCCGUGGCAGCCAAGGAGGCCGAGCUCAAGACUGCAUUCGACAAACAGCUGGCCGAGGCCCGUGCCGCUGUUCCCGCCACCAACGGUGACGCCAGUGCCGACACAGCCAAGGUCGCCGAGCUCGAGAAGAAGGUCAAGGUUCUGGAACGCCAGAUCCGCACCGCCGAUAUUUCGCGCAAGACGUUGGAGAGGCAAAAGGAGAGCCUCGAGGCCAAGCUCAAGCAGGCUGAGGGCGGCGCCGCACCUGCUACCUCUACAACACCUGCCGCUGUGCCGCUGUCUGCUGCUGCCGCUCCAUUCAAGCUUCCCGCAAAGACUUUGCCCGCAAAGCCCACCACCGUGGUCGUUCCCACCGCCGCGGCUCCAGCCACGGAGACCAAGGACGCACAUCCGCCAGCCACGACCCCAACCCCCACCGACGCGACCGCAACUCCUACGACAGUGUCCGUUCGCGGCGGCGCGACACGCGGACGCGGACGCGGCACGGCCGUGAGAGGCCGCGGUGCUGCUCCGGUCGCACGAGGCGGCAACGCCGUGCUCAACGCCGUCAACGCCACAUUAGCCGGUGCAACCACGACCACGGCGACCGAGGCCGGUUCUGCCGCAGCGGCGGGCACAAGCGUCAAGCGCCCGGCUCCCGACGACGACGCGGCCGGAACGGACAUUCUCAGCCGUCUGCAAGGCCAAGGCGACGCCGCUGCGCCUGCGGCUGGCGCGGCCGCCGCCGGGGCUGCAGCUGGCGCUGGAGCUGGAGCGACACCUGCGCGUGCGGCCAAGCGUGCCCGCGGAGGCGGCGCGGCCCGCGGACGGGGCACAGGACGGCGGGCGAGCGCGGGCGGCGGUGCGUCUGGUGGUGCCGGGGCGGCUCCGGGAGGCGCGGGGCAGUAG